AUUUUUCGUGGCGAUCAUAUCAGAUUCACUACUGAAAGGAGACAGCGCAAUCAUUCUGAAUCCAUUAUUGUAUUUUACGUGUAAAGUGUAGUAACGUAAACAAAUUAUGUUCAUAAGAUACAAAGGAAUAUCAGCAUUAAUUCUUUAUCACAAUAUCAGUCGCGCGUCGAGUCAGCGACGCGAACAUACCUACUAAUUACAAACAGACUUUUAUACACGACGGUUGUUUAUGCGCAGUAGCAGAUAACAUUUUUAUUAUUUAUUUGUUACAAAUAUAACCAUGAUUUUAUUUUUAAUAUUUAGUACUGUGUUAUUUAUAAUAUUAAUAUCGUGGUUUAAUUUGCUGUGGGAUGCAAAAACUUGUGAUAUAAGUGGUCCUCUACCUUUACCUUUGAUAGGUAAUGGACUAGAUUUCGUCGUAAAACCAACUGAGUUUUUGAAUCUACUGCAUCGCUUCCAGCAACGCUUUGGAGAAGCAGUCCGUGUCCAUCUCUUUUCGAGCCGAUACAUUAUAUUGUUUCAUCCAAAAUACAUUGAAGGGAUAGUGUCACACUCUGAAAUCAUAACAAAAGGUCGAUCCUACUCGUUUUUAAGAGCUUGGCUUGGCGAUGGCCUUCUUACAUCUACAGGUGCAAAAUGGCGUUCACACCGCAAAUUCUUGACACCAGCAUUCCAUUUUAAUAUUCUUCAAAAUUUCAUACCUGUGUUUUGGAAAAAUGAACAGAUCCUUCGAGAUAAUCUAAUGAUGUCUGCGGACGGAGACACUGAUGUGAACAUAUUCCCUUUGAUCGCUUUGGCAGCUUUGGACAAUGUCACUGAGUCAAUCAUGGGAAUGUCGUUCAAUGCUCAAAAAGAUAAAGAAUCUAAAUAUGUAAAGGCAAUAUCAGAAGCAAGUUCGGUCGCUGCUCUUCGAAUGCGGAAUCCAUUUAUAGCUGAAGAAACAGUUUUCAAUUUGUCGGCGUACAGAAAAUUACAAGACAAAGCUAUAAAUGUUCUUCACGCGCACACCAAGAAGGUGAUAGAAAUAAGGCGAGAGGAACUUAAGAAAGCCAACAUCACAUCGCUGGCAGGUUCCACAGAUAUAGGUAUUAAAAACAAGCAUGCGUUUCUCGAUCUCCUUUUGCUCUCUGAAAUCGAUGGUCGAAAAAUCAGCGAUGAAUUAAUAAGGGAAGAAGUGGAUACGUUUAUGUUUGAGGGCCACGACACCACAACAUCGGGAAUUUCCUUCGCGCUCUACUGUAUAUCAAAACACAAAGAUAUUCAAGAAAAACUUUUUAAUGAACAAAAAAAUAUAUUCUCAGACGAUUUGUAUAGGGAUGCCACGUACAGUGAAUUGGGUCAGAUGAAAUAUUUGGAGCAGGUCAUCAAAGAAUCUCUCAGACUGUAUCCCUCUGUACCUUUAAUAGAAAGGAUGAUAACAAAAGAUGUAGAGGUAGCAGGUUUAAAACUAAAGGAAAACACAUCAGUUAUCGUAGACAUAUACCAUAUGCAAAGAUUAGAAGAAUUUUACCCAGAUCCUAUGGAGUUUAGACCUGAAAGAUUUGAAUCGACAGUUGUAAGAAAUCCAUUCAGUUGGCUUGCUUUUAGUGCUGGGCCCAGAAACUGUAUUGGUCAGAAGUUUGCCUUUUUAGAGAUGAAAGUUACCCUCUCCGGGAUUAUACGGCAUUUUGAAUUGUUCCCUUCAAAACUGGAACCGGAACUGUCAUCCGAUCUCAUUCUGCGACCCGAAAAUGGACUAUUUGUGAAACUGAGGCCACGAAUAGUUCUUUAAUUUUAUUUCUUCCACAAGCGCAUUUUUUUCCUUAUUUAACAAUUUUUAAUUCUUGUAAUCACAUUUAAAGUUGGCAAAAUGUAAUUUUUAUAAAAGUAAAUUUAAGUGUUUAUUGCUUUUUAUAAUGUUCAUCGUAUUCAUGAUUCUGUUAGGAGAAAACUUCUUCAAGUAUACAUUUUUUUUCUCCUCUUUGGCGUAAUUUAUUUCUUUGGUAACUCACAAAGUACUUGAUAGGCAUAACAAAUUUUGAUCAUGAUGAUUAAAUCAUCAUCGUCAUGAUCAACCUGCCUUAUCCCUGGGGAGGGUCAGUUUUAGCAACAUAAGAACCCACUUGGCUACCGACUGAAAUUGUAUUUUGAUUGAAAUUGACAGAAACCUGUAUAAAACACUGUGAUCGAAAAGUCUGUUCUCAACCUUUUUUGCACUAAUUAAAGUAUUAUUUCCUGUGGCUG